GUCUGGAUCGCUCCACUCUACCUGCAACUAUGACUGGGCUCUGACGCCCAGUGCCCACUCCUUACAAUGCUGUUGCUUCAUUUUACAUUGCAGCUGGCCAUGCAUGUGCACGCACGACACAUCAUUCGGUACGGGAUGAUUAGCUGCAGGGGAAGACGCUUAUUUGUUUCGCUCUGAAAAAUGCUCUCAAAGGACACUGAAUCCCUAUCAAAUUUAUGCCAGCGUGUCAUCCUCGAUUACGAUACUACGGCAUCAGCGGAUAGCGAGCAUCAAUUCUACGUUGCCCUCAAGUAUGCGACCACUCACUCACAUGUCUCUCUGCAUGGUUCCGACGAGCCUUUUGCUGUUCUCACUCCUGUCGAUCGUACUGUUUCAGCCUACCGCGGCUGCGCCCGUGACGCCAGCUCAGGCUGACAGCACAUUGCACACAGCAGGACCGGUAUACAAUGAGGAUUAUUGGGAACUUAAAGACAAAACCCAGCCUACCUUCUACGAAGCAUUGUUCUCACUUUCAUCAGUCAUGAGCGAGGUGGCCGCAGACGCCUGCAACGGAGGUGAUCCAAAGAUCCAUAAAGCACAAAGCGACAGGUGUGAGAAGAGUUGUCAACGUGCCCGAUCGCGUUAUGCGGAUUUUUAUGUGCCUGUUUUGAUCGAGAAAUCGUUGCGAAGGGGACAUGUCGGUUGUAUACAAGGCACGGAUAUUCAUAUAGAGGAUAUGGAUUUCGUGCAUAAGCUGAGCUUCCUCACCCGUGUUUGCGCUUGGCAAUGCAGCUGUACAGUAUUCAACCUCGUCAAAUACAUCCGGAUGCCUCAAGUGACUCAUCAACGCCAAACCUGGGAGCUCUCGCCAAAAAAGGAUGAUGCUUAUUGGAAAAGCUUUGGUGAGCCAUUCAAAGGUAAAGCCCGUUGUCAUGUCGCCGAUAUAAAAUCCUGGGUGUCAGAAGCAGCGCUUUUAGCGUCUGCUAAGGCGCAAGAUGGACCGUUCGGCAAUAUUGCAUGGGAGGUGCGGCUUGAGGGCGUUGUCGAUGAGCACCUACCCAUUCUCUGGAAAAAGUUCGAUGAUGAGAUGUCGAUGAAAUGUUAUUGCCAUCGACAUUUUAAUGCAUGGCACACUUAUUUUCAUGGUCAUUGCAAGACAUAUGCAGGCCAUGGGCAACCCAAGCCCAAGUCAACGCACCCUCCUCAGGAUGUAGCGGCUGGAAAUCAGCAUAUGUGUCCCUGGCCACCAACCUGGAAUCCUUUGGCCGGCAACGUAGCCCAUUCAUCAAAUUCAGGCCAGAUGCCAUCAGGCAUCAACUAUUAUCCAUCAGGCAUCAACUAUUAUCCAUCAGGCAUCAACCAUUAUCCGCAGUCGUCGAGCCAAGGAGCUGCAGCUGGAUCAAGCCAACCUUUGACGAGCCAACAGCAGUUGUUGGAUUACUCGAUAUCUCCUUAUUAUUUGAGUCCGACACCAAAUGAUCACGGGCUCCCUAAGUGGGAGAUAUAUGAGCCUUGGUCUCAGCAAUGUCUGUCAUACAACCCAAGUGAGAACCUCCAAGCACAUGGUCAGUGUCAGCCUGCUCCAUUUCAUGGAGAGUCAUCAGGGCAAGGACAUCCCUCGCAGCAUCAUGAUGCUUCAGCCGACCAACAACACGUGCAAACUCAGAAUGGCCAGCUAUGCGAGGUCCCUUGGCCUGUUUGGCGUUAUGAUCAUUUCCCGGACAGCCAGGAUGGUGGUUCAGGCAAUCCGCGACCGCCCCCGCCAUACAUAUAGUGAAACUAUGCUGGAUGUCACGGACUGAUCGAACAAUCUUAUUCUCAACUUCAGUUGCUUCAUCACCUGGACCCCUAUUUACACCUCGCGGCUAUUCUUCUGUGCACAACCACAGCGACCGAUCUAGACCUCG